AUGGCAACCUCCGCUCUCCCGCUGCUGCUCCUCUUCUCACUGCUCGCCGCCGCCGCCGUCGUCUCCGCCCGCCCUUGCAAAACCCUCUUCUAUUUCUCCGCCACCACCACUACCACCACCACCUAUUAUCCUUUCAAUUCCCUCCCGCGUAACCCUAACUCCAAUUCCGUCCUCCGGAACCAAAACCCCCGCUAUCUCACUCUCAUCUUCACCUCCACCACCACCAAUCGGUUCCCUGAACGCCGCCCCUCUAUCAAUUUUGACUCCAGCUCCGACUUCGAUGACGUUUCUAAAUCAUCUGAUUUCCCUCUCAAAUUUUAUUCAUCUGUCUCGAGCUCGAUCCGUGAUCGCACCAAAGACAUCAUGAGCGUGGUCGGGGCACUGCUUUUCGGCGUUGGUUGUGGGGCUUUGACCGCGGCUACUAUGUACUUUGUGUGGUCCCUCUUCGCUCCGGGCCGCUUUGACGUCGACGAUGUUUCUUCGUCUUCUUCUGACGAUGAUGACGAUGAUGAUGUCACCGCUGCGAAAAAGAAGUUGGGUUAUGUGUCGCUCCCUGCGAAGCCUAAGGUGGCUGAUGAUGAUGAUCUAAAGAAGCCUGCACCACCAGCCAAGGAGGUGGUUUGA